UUUACUCGGGGACGUGGGGUGUGCUUAUGAAUCGUUGUGUAUUAGCCUACAUUUUUAUGUUUAGGUGAUGUUAAAAAGGAAAGAAUUAAUGAGAGUUUACGCUUUAAGGCGUUUUGGUUAUUGGAUGGACGUAUCUUCAAAGUGUACAUUUGAGAGUGGAGGCAAAUUGUAAGAACUUAUAACAGCGUAAAUGUGCACUCCCUUGUAUAUUCCUUUGGCUAGUCCUCCUUGAAAUGGAGUAUUCACUGAUGUGAUUUCGCUGUCUUCGUCCUAAAACCUCGUUAUUUCUCAAACGCACCAUGAACUCCCAUUAUGGACAUACUGGUUUUAAUUUCUCUCUGUGGCCGGGGAAGCGGCUGUAUACGCUCUCGGGUUUAGGGCAAAACGCUGACCACCCAUCCUCUCAGAUUUACUGAUCUCACUGUGGAUCCUUGAAUUACAAAACGGGUCAGGGCACGUGUUGCCAUGGAUACGAGCUGGCUGGCGCUGCAGGUGGAGAGGGUGGAGCGGAGUGUGGCAUUCCUGAGGCAGGAUCAGCUGGCACUGCUGGAGGGCCUACAUGUGGAGAUACUGUCCCUGCAGAAACGCUGCACUGAUCUGACCUGUGAGUUGGAACUACAGCCCCCACGACGCACCCUGGCAGAGGUGGAGGCAGAGGAGGAGUUCCUGAUCGGGAGGUGUCAGGAGGUGGAGAUGCGGCUGGAGGAGGAGCAGUGGACGGUGGGGGAGCUGCAGCAGGAGCUGAGCCAGAAGGGGGCGCUGGUGAGGGCGCUGCGCUGCAGCCUGCGGGACGAGGAGCGGCGCUUCCUGCAGGAGCUGAAGCAGCGCAGCCACAGGAGCGCCGAGCUGCGCGCGCAGCUGCGCGUCCAGACCGAGGCCGCCGCCUACCUGGCCUUCCAGCUGCACUCCGCCCGCCACCACCUGCACCACCAGCACCUGCAGUGGCCGCCGCCCCCGGCCCCUCCCCCGGCCCUGGCCACUCCCCCGGCUCCGCCCCCAGCCCUGGCCACGCCCCCGGCACAGCGCCACGCCCUCCGUGCAGAGAGAGCCAGGGAGUGCGUGCCCCGUGAGAGAGUGACCGCCCCGGAGGACCCCACCCCCAUGCCGGACCCCGCCCUCUUCCUCCACCCUCGCAGGGGCAGGCCCUGCCCCCCGGCCGAGCAGACGGACGGGGAGGAGGAAGGGGAGGGGGAAGGGGAGGAGGACGGCGUGACGGGGGAAGGGUGCAGUGGCAGUCGGUUGGACACAGCCUGCGCAGCGAUGUGUCAUCAGCCUGCGUCGCGGAACUACGCCAACGAGUCAUCACCGGGGGACGUGGACACCCCUGAGUUAUAAACCAAACACCGGCAGGGUUCUGCUUCGUGUUUCCACGGUUUUUUUUCUUUAGAAAUAAGGAAGCUGCUCCGGCCUGGUUCCUGUUCUGAAUGUGAAACAUCUCUUAAAGGGACAUUUCACUUUCUGAGGCUGCUUGGUGUUAUUUUGGUUUUAGUGUAUGUUUUUUGAUUGGCCCAGACAGUUUUUAUGUGCAAUGAACAAUACUUUCGAUACUUACACAUAUCAGUGACCGCCAGCCUGCUUUACAGUGGCUGGUAUAGGGAAUCUGUGCAUUUGUGAACUCUACCAUAUGAACAGAUUAAUCGUACAGCAUUCAUUCACAACAGUAAACAUAAAUAUUUGUUUUAUGUGAUGCUGGUACUUCUUUUUUUGAGCACAGCAGUCUCAGGACGCACGCACCAUAGGAAACUGUUCCAACCAAAAGAAAGAUUAAACUUUAAUUUUUGAAGACUAAUUGGGUAAUCCAGACUUAAAAUUUGUGGGUGUAUAAUGUCACUGUGCAAGCUACUCUGGAGUCACUUUAAGUAUAUUUUAUUGGUUUAUACCCCAAACCCCUGAAUGGCCCUAUGACAGCCAUUGUACAGUCGGCAGGUCAUCGCAAACCGUUCUGAAUAUCUAAGAUGCUGUCCAUCAUGCACAAAAAACUGUCUGGGGGCCAGUUUUAAAACACUGAAACUGAAAUGCUAUCAAAAAACUCAGAAAGUGAACUAUUUAAUCACCGUCAGGCAAACCCUUCCUCUGUCAUCAUCACAUGCAUCACGACCAUCAUCUUCAUCAUCGGUACCGUCGUCAAUGUAGUUUACACCCGUGCUGCAGCUAGGUGUAUACUAUUGUCUUUGUUCAGGUUAAUAACGUAAUUGUUAUAAAACUCCUUUGUUUCUCUGUUGUCAUUAAUUAAUUUUUUUAAAUGGAGGACAGAGCUAGUGAGGCCAGUAGUUAGUAGAUUUGAAAUAUAUCCUCUGUAGAAAUUCUCCACUGUAUGAACAUUAAGAUGGAGAGAGCUGGAUUGAGGCAUUACAGUGGGUUUGUCUCAGCUCGGGAGAAUAACAUAGAAUGCCAUCGAAUGGCAAAGCAACAGGCGCCAUCAAGUGGUGGGGUGAUGGAAUUGCACUCUAUUACAGUACUAGGGAAUGUGUGUUUUGUGUAUGUUAAAUGGUAUAAAAUGGCUAUGCCAUAAAACAUAAGCCUCCUAUCUUUAAUAGACCGUAUAUACAAGUAAUACAACAGAUAAAGACGUGUAUCUGAUAUUGUAGCAAAGAGCUUUUUAGUGUGUGAUUAUUUAAUGGCUGGUAUUCAAAUGUAAUUAUUUUAGAGAAUGCUUAGAUAAGUAAUGAAAUGUAUUCACCUUAAUAUUUUACUUGCAAUUACGAAUUUGAGCCUUACCAGAGAAAUGUGUACUCCGGUCGAAAAUACCCAGCAGUGACUCCCAUCACGAUAAAUCUCACUGUGACUUUUACUCUGGUUAACCUCACAGUCCUUGUUUUGCUGAAAUCAGAUACAACAUCAUCCAUGUUGGGUCAAUGUUGGGUUACUGAAAUUACUGGUCCAGCUUUGUGAGAGACGCAUUGCAUACAGUAGCUUCACAUUGGGCUUGUUACAUCGUCACAUCUCUCAGCAAGACAGAUCAGUGGAAAACAAACUGUCCGACAUAAUUCACAUUUCUAAUUUAAAAAUGUUUCCGUUGAUGGCCGUCGUCUGAAAGCCGAACAGUUUGUCCGUCUCUGAAUGGACAGGGGGCUGUUGGCAGGCUGCUCUACUGUUGAGGCAGUGGAGAGGUUUUCUUGCGUCUUGUAAGCUGAGAUGACCUUGAGCCUGCAGAUGUUGUCAUCCAAGGAACGUUUGGCCUCUGCUCUUCAAGUACAUCACUGGCAGGGGGCAACCGAACUACCCACCUACCCCGUAAACUACAGUCUGCUGGUAGCUGAAUGGCCAGACCUUGUCUUGAGUGGGUCAGAGCUGGAUAAUGGUCGUUUCCCCACAAGAAAGAGAAGAUUGUCUUGUUCAAUUUCAUAUGCAUUAAGAUGGUUGGGUGUAAGAUUUCUAUACUUCUCUGCAGUACAUUGUUGUAUUGUAUUUUAAAUGCUAUUUCCAUAUUGCAAAGGGUAUUUCCAAUUUGGUAAUUUUAAUACAGUGGAAAGUCAGUUCAAUGCUCGAACACUUAAUCAGAAAUAAGACUGAGUUGGAUUUCAUGUUACAUUUUGUCUGGGAGUGUACUGUAACGUUUCUCGUUUAUAGGCCUAUAUGUUUUUUUAUUUUCCAACUUGAGUGAAAGACCUUGAUUUUGUUAAAUUUUCCUCAGGCGUAUGUUCGGCCGGUUUUAGCUGUGGCAAUGCCGUCUCUUAGAUAUUACUGGAAUUUUGCUUUUAACCGAAACAGAAGUCGGCAGCUGCUACGUUCGUUAAAAUACUUGUAUUUCUUAAUUUUAAGUAAAAAAAUGACCACCGAAAUCAGUGGGAGACUGUUCUAACAUCACGCAAAUGGCGUUAAAUGCCUGUUCGCACUUUCUAGCAAUAACGUACUCUUUUAGACACAAAUUAUGCAGUGACUUCAGGGAUCUCUGAUCCGGUGAUCCUUUUCUGAUUCACACCCAGUUCAUUUGGUGUGUUAUCCUAGACCGAGUCUCCCUAAACCCGUCAGUGCCGCACCUACUGUGGUUUCUCAACAUACAUCUUGCAACUGUAUACUUAUUUGAAUAAAUUUGAAAAUUAACUAAA